AAAAAUAACGUUUUGGAGGGAAAUUAGAGGAAACGACUUGGAGUUAUUUUAAUAUAAAGUUCAAUUAGCAGAAAAUUAUAGAAGCAAGUAAUAUAUUUAUAAAAAAUGUCUCAAACGACAUUAACAACCUUUUUUAGCAGUAGAAAAAGGCCUGCGAGUGAUGAUAUUAUCUCAUCAAAAAACAAAAUUCCACACAUCGAACGUGAGGUAGGGCUUGCCAAGAGCAUAAAAACUGUGAGUUUAAAAAAAGAUGCUGAAUUACCUAACUUAUCUGUAAAGCCAGCAACAGAAACUGCAAGUAAGGCUAAACCGAUAUCGCCAGUGGACCACGUAGAAAAGAGCAUCGAACAGAAAAAUGCUACAGCCUUUACAAAAAAAACUAACGCUGCAAAUGUCGAGAAGAGGAAAGCAUCUAGCUCUGAAUCUGUACAGUCAGCUCGAAAAGAGUUAAGUUUGGGUGACAUCAAAAAGAAACUAGCGAGUAGCUCGAGGUUAGCCGAACUAAGGGCCACAGCCGAUCGACUGUCCAAAGGCAUUCAGGAGCUCAAAGAAAAAACAGAAUCGCGGAACUUGAAGGAGUUUAAGUCUAUUAAAGUUGAUGUACCUCAAAGUCCCAGCAAAAGAAACAUCCGGAAUGAUUUGUUGUCACCCACAAAGACUGAUAAGACUGAAGCCAGACAAAGUGUAUUCUUAUCUCCGAGGAAGGUUGUGGUUAGCCCUAUCAAAAGCCCCAGCAAGGAGCCAGCAUACAUCCGACAUGCUUCCUUGGCCUCUGCCCCCACCAGCCUCCCCCUGCCGCACCACUACAGAUUCCUGGCUGAACUGUUCCGCAGCAUGGAAACUGUUGUUGCACUACUGUAUAAUAGAAGUGAAAAGAUAACAUUCACUAAACUGAAGCCGUCAAUUCAGGAAAUGCUGAAGAGAAACUUCACCGAAAAGUAUCUGAGCCAGAUAAAACAUCUUGUGCCAGAUUUCUACAACUUUGAGGUGCAGAAAGGCAAAAGCUUCAGUAACUCGGCUAACAAGGAGUCAUAUGAGUUGGUCAUAUCCCCUAAUUUCCCUAAUGACAUCAAGAUUAUGAAUCCGAGUGUGUUGCUUGAGAGACGCAGAUAUUUCUACAACACUUUGCUGCAGCUGGUCAAGAAACACCACAAGCAGUAUCUUUCAACUCUUGAUCCACCAAUGGAUAUUCCAGACAGCAAGCUAGUCCGCUGGCAUCCCGAAUUUGAGCUGGAGAAGGUGCCAGAAGUGGAGUGUGCCAAACUGCCCGAAGUGCCCAAUGCUGAGAAGUAUUCCUCUGCAGAGGAUGUUCUUGCCAAAGCUCGUGAAUUAUUUAAAUGCAACACCAAGAUGGAAAGAGCUUUAGAAAAGCUGGCCCAGGCCAAAUCAAGGGGGCUGACUGACGAGGAAAAAGCAGUGACAGGUCUAGGAGACAAUAGCAAAGUGGGUAAUGCUUCAACUCAGAUGAGUCAGCCAUCCACAUCGAACAUCACAAUUUUAAAUCCCGCUCUACGCAAUUUGCCAGCUGCUUUAUUAGAGAAAGUGAAAGCUAAACAAGCUGCCAAGGCCUUAGAGGCCAUGACUCGGUCCUCGGAGAAUGAGCAACAGUAUAUGAUUUAUAGCCGUCUUCCUGAUCUUGCUCGAACACUGAGGAAUAUAUUUGUAACAGAGAGGAAGAAUGUUCUUGCAUUGAAUGUUGUGUUGUCCAAAUUAGAUAGUAGCUUUAAGUCUAAUGUUUCUUCUGCUAAUUUACAAAAAGAUAUAAAGAUUCUGAAUGAAUGUGCCCCAAACUUUAUUAAACUUCAUGAAAUCAGAAACACUACUUAUAUAAAACUCGAUAAGACUGUUGACUUGCAGAAGGUAGUGAGCAUGUUGGAAGCUAAAGCAAAUCAAUGUAAGUCUGACUAAUAGUUUUGACAAGUUUGUACUGUUUUUUAUACUGAUAGAAUAAGGAAGCAUCUCAGUACAAAAUGCAUCUUUUGA